AUGCUUCUCAUUACACAUUCCUCCACACUCAAACUUCCAUUAGUCACCAGCGCUGCAGUGGGUGGGACGUCCAGGAGCGGCCGCACCCCCUUUGGACCUAACUCAGCGUGUGGGGUCAGAAGAGAGAAGGAAUCGGACCAUGGACUGUGGAGCCCUUGUCCGCCACCCAGGCCACUGAUCCGGGUGGGCAGCAUGAUAUCCCACUACUAUCCACUCACCACCCUGCUGCCCUGGUCAAUGGGACCUCAAUCACAUCACCACUGCCCCGGCCUGGACUGCCCGCUCCUGCUCGAAGGUGAAGGAGGGGUGGCCUUGCAACGGUACCAGGCCAGGUCUCCAGAGAGCAGCCCACGCCAUUGGUAUUUUGUGAGAGCGUCUAAAAGCAUGGAUCCUCUUUCCACCGCUCUGCUCACGCGGAUCAACUACUGA